AUGAAUAACGCCAAAACUGUAAUACAAAAAGAAAUUAAGUGGAAAUCUUAUAUAUUUAUUAUUCUCACAUUGUUAAGUGGUAUCACUAAAUGUUUUACAUUAAAUAAUAUACAAACGGUAGACGAUAUUAAAGAUGACGUGAAAGUAACAGAUCAUGAAGAGGUAAUUAAUACACGAAAUGUAUUUAAACAGCUAGCACCGGGUCAAACUGUUCGAAGGUAUUCCAUUGAAAUAAGCAUUGACGGUGAAAGAUUUGAAGGUCGUGCUGUACUUAAUCUAGCAUUUACUGGUACAGCAGUGGACAAUCCAAUAAUUCUUUAUGCAGAAGAUUUAAAUAUACGCUCAGUGGAUACAGGAUUCGAAGAAUCAAACUUACGGCCAGGCGACUUCAAUGUUUAUGAUGGACUAUUGGAAAUUAUACCAGUAAUAUAUUUUAUGAACAUGGUAAUCAUCAUUGAAUAUCGUGGAACAUUGUCGACUUAUGGACAAGGAGGACUUUAUCGAGGCCAUUAUGAUGACAGAUCAUACUUAGCAAUGAAUUUACAUCCAACAAAUGCGAGGCGAGUUUUUCCUUGUAUGGACGAACUGACUGCGUCAUCAGAUAUAACAUUUAGCAUCAAAAAUAGUGACUACACGUCUAUUGUAUCUAAUUCUCCAUUACAAAAUAAUGACACAUUCCAGUCGUUGCGAAUGCCCCCUCACCUCUUGGGUAUGGUAGCACAUAAUUACACGGAAUACGUUAUACCGACACCAAAUGUUCAGUUAAUAAAUUACCAAGAUUCAGGAAAACAAUAUGAAGAAGCCGCAAAUAUUAUUGAAUAUUAUUUUAACGCUUUCAAUAUAUGGACGAAUUUGAACUAUUUUGAUAUACAGCAAAACCAAGCGGAUAAACUUACUAUAAUUGCAUUACCUGAUGUCUCCAAACAAUGGUAUUCGCUUUCUAUAAUUGGAAUAUGGGAGCCCUACAUUCUUAUAGAACCUGAACAUUCAGUACAACAGAGAAGUAUUGGUAUUCUGAAAACAUCAGAGGCUCUAGCGAGACAUUGGAUUGGAUAUGCCAUCUACCCAAUGGACUGGAAACAUGAAUGGAUCAUAUCAGGUCUUGCAGCAUAUGUAGGUUGGAAUGUCUUUACAGAGCAUCAAAACGAUCUUGCAGAAUCUUACCUAGAUGUCAACGCAUUGUUCGUCACGGAAAUUAUCCAAGAAAGUUUACUCAGAGAUGCAUAUAUAAUUUCUAAACCUUUAGAACCCGAGUAUAACUUAUUUGAUGAACAUAUAAUAAGAAAUCAUAUCAAUGGACUAAUAAAGUAUAAGGCUUCAGCUAUAAUGAGAGUAUUCAGACUCGCGUUUGGUAAUGAAGAACAAGACAUUAUACAAGCAGCAACCCGAAGCUUACUAAGCAACAGGUAGGUAAUUUACCGCCGUGAAGUAAGCACCAUGAAUUUCAUUGAAGCCGUUUCUAUUGCUCUAUUCAUUUCCGGCAGUCACUUAACUAACGCCCAAUUAAGGGAAAUAGUGAAUACGUGGACACAAAAUACUGGAUAUCCGGUACUGCAAAUAGACUUGAGACUUCAGGGAAUAAUAGUCACUCAGGAGCAUUUUUCUUUUAAUUACAAAACAAUGGCGCCAUUUCCGGUUCCGUUUACAUACACCACAAGUUUAAAUGUUAACUUCACCACAGAAAAUAUAUACCCCCAAGAAAUCUAUAAUACGGAUGCUCCUUUACUAAUAAAUAUGAAUUUGCAAGAGGAUGGUUGGGUAAUUUUUAACAUUCAAGGUCAAGGGUAUUACCGCACCAACUACGAUGUCACAUUAUGGCAGCGUCUGUUAGCAGUACUACAAGAUCCGGAAAAGAGAGACGUCAUACAUCCUAUAAAUCGAGCUGUUCUACUGGACGACGCCUUGAAUUUAGCAAGAGCAAAUAGACUAGACUACGACAUUGCUUUUAAUUUGGUCCUGACUAUGGAGCAUGAAGUGGAUUAUCCUGCGUGGAGAGCAUACAUUAGGAAUAUGGACUAUAUAAGGAAACGUGUCGAAGGAGCAGCUUUAAGUAAUGAUCACAUGGAUCCCGACGCGUACUUGCGUAUUCUUCGAAAAACAAUUAGAAGAUUCGAAAAGGAAAUUGGAUUUUAUCCGAACAUUUCGAUCGCGGAAUCACCGAUGACUUCACUAACUCGAGGUCUGGUAAUGGACCACGCUUGCAGGGCCAACUACCGUCCGUGUAUUGACGCUGCCAGAAAGUGGUUCUAUAUUAACGACACUGAACUCAAUCCUGAUAUACCACAGGACAUCAGACCAGCUGUUUACUGUGCUAUGGUGAACGAGGAUGGUAACCGAGUCAUACCAUUACUACGCAGUCGUAUCUGGGUAGAGAAGUCGUUGUAUGAACGCGUUGUCAUAUUGGAAUCAUUAGGAUGUUCCCGAAAUGAGUCGAUUAUAAAUACGCUUCUAGUAGACACAAUUCAUGACUCUAUUCCAUACACGGUUGAAGAAAGGUCCAGGAUUUUCAAAGCAAUAGCUGGAAGUCACUAUGAAAACGUCGAUAUAGCUUUUAGUUUUCUUACAUGGAACAUUGAAACUAUAAGAAACAAAUACGGCGGUGCUGAAAAAAUUGAAGAAAUUAUAUACACGCUGGCCGAGAAUUUGGUGGAUACCAUUCAAACUCAGGAAUUCCAGUGGUGGGUACUUUCUAUCAACAAUGGGUUGGCUGAUUCCAUCACAGCUGGAAUGGAAGCAAAGGAUCUAGCCUUUGAAAAUCUCAAUUGGGUCACUAACAAUAUUGAUUCGAUUUAUGAAUGGUUUAUGAAAAUCGUAGACGAAACUCGCCCUGACUGUGAGGACAGUGGUGACUGUGUCAGUAGUGGUAGUGGUGACAAUAGCACUGACUGUGAGGACAACGAUGACUGUGACAGUAGUGGUAGUGGUGACAAUAGCACUGACUGUGAGGACAACGAUGACUGUGACAGUAAUGGUAGUGGUGACAAUAGCACUGACUGUGAGGACAACGAUGACUGUGACAGUAGUGGUAGUGGUGACAAUAGCACUGACUGUGAGGACAACGAUGACUGUGACAGUAGUGGUAGUGGUGAUAAUAGCACUGACUGUGAGAACAACGAUGACUGUGACAGUAGUGGUAGUGGUGACAAUAGCACUGACUGUGAGGACAACGAUGACUGUGACAGUAGUGGUAGUGGUGACAAUAGCACUGACUGUGAGGACAACGGCGACUGUGUCAGUAGUGGUAGUGGUGACAAUAGCACUGACUGUGAGGACAACGGCGACUGUGACAGUGGUGGUAGUGGAAAUGAGGAGCCUUUGUGUGUUGAUGAAGAUAGUGAUGAAUGUGGGGAUGAUGCUCCAAAAUUUGUAGUCUCUUGCCUCUUAAUAGCCUUAUGUGUAUCAAUUACAUUUUUUGUAUAA